AGGAGGAGACUGUCACUGAGCAGCCAUUCCAAGAGAUAUAAACUGAGUUCAGAGGGUUGCAGGCUGUUUCUGGAAGUGCAGCACUCUAUAUGGAGCUGAAUUACUAAAGCUAAGGGAAGAUGGCAAUAUAAAAGUGCAGUGACAUCUCAGAGAUACAGAACCAUACAACAGGGAGAAGUAAGCUCUUAUGGACUACAAAGAUCUGAAACAAGGUUGAUUAUGAUUCCUUAUUCUCAGCUCCUCCUUCAAAGUCUGAGAGUUGGAAUAAGUGCAUCUUACUGAUUACAUUUGCAGUUGAGUCUGAUCCCAGAAAAGCUUCAAGAUUUUGACCCUGGCUUGUUUCCAUUGGAGAUUUUUUCUUCAUAGGGUUUUCCAGCAAAUCCCGGGUGGAUGAAGGAUUUCUGUAUACUGAGGUUCACUGGUCCCCAAGCAGAGCUGUACCAGGCAAUCCUGGAGGUCCAGAAGUCGUCUGAACCUCUGUUCCCCAGGUGUGAGCUUGGAAAACAUCUAUAAUCUCAUGCUGAGCCUGACUGGGCAGAAGCCAAGAGAGCUGGCAGUGCUAAGGAGAAGCAUCGCUGAGAACCACUGCUUCAAGUGGAAUGCAGUAGCUCUCUGGGCCUGGGACAUUGUGGUUGAUAACUGUGCCAUUUGCAGGAACCAUAUCAUGGAUCUAUGUAUAGAAUGCCAAGCUAACCAGGCAUCAGCUACCUCUGAAGAGUGCACUGUUGCAUGGGGUGUCUGCAAUCAUGCUUUCCACUUUCACUGCAUCUCUCGCUGGCUCAAGACUCGCCAGGUGUGUCCGUUAGACAACAGAGAAUGGGAGUUCCAAAAGUAUGGGCACUAGAGAGAUGGUGACCAAGCUCAUUGUUCUGUCAUUAGCAUGAUUAAUUCACUUUAUGAAGGUGUCUGUUUUAGAUGUUGUUGGCAGCAGUUAUGUCCUACUUCGUUUUGAUCUUAAUGUAACCGUAUUGUGUAUUGUUAAAUAAAAUCUUGGUGAAACCUCCCUUUAA